UAUAUUUUAUUAAUUUUGUUAUUUUACUUUUAUCUAUUUUUGCCCCAUUUCUUAAAUUGUUUAAAAUUCCCUUUAUCUGUUGAAUUUUUUAUUUUUUUCUUUCAGUUACUUUUUAUUAAAAUGGCGCAAACAUUAAAAUCUAAAAAGCUUCAACAAAAACAUGGAAACACUCAAUUAAUUGAAAAGAGCAACAAUAAAUGUUAUGAUGGGAUUGAUUACACAAAUUGUGGAAUUGAUUGGAAUCAACAUCGUUGGCAACUUUCUGAUUUUGAGAUUGGUCGGCCACUUGGAAAAGGAAAAUUUGGAAAUGUUUAUUUAGCACGGGAUCGUUAUUAUCGAAUUCCUGUUGCACUUAAAAUUCUCUUCAAACAUCCAAACAUUCUUCGCAUCCACAAUUUCUUCCACGACGACAAGAAGGUUUAUCUUAUUUUGGAAUAUGCUGUUCAUGGAGAACUUUUUAAAGAAUUGAACAGAUGCAAAAAAUUUAGCGAAUCUCGAACUGCUCGGUACAUUUUCCAAGUAGCUGAUGCUCUCAAUUAUUGCCAUUCGAAGAAAAUCAUUCACAGAGAUAUCAAACCUGAAAAUAUUCUUCUCUGUGAUGAUGGACAAAUUCGGAUUGCUGAUUUUGGCUGGGCCGUUGAUUAUUGGUCUGUUGGUGUUCUUUGUUAUGAAUUUCUUACUGGAAAGCCACCUUUUGAAACAGAUGAUCAAAAGCACACUUACAAACGAAUAACUAACGUUGAAUAUGUUUUUCCGAGGCAUGUUAGCAAGGGAGCGAUGGAUCUCAUCUCUCGGCUUCUUCGUAAAGAUCCAAAUCAACGAAUGACAUUUGAACAAUUACUUAAACAUCCUUGGAUUCUUGAAUAUUGUGGUCGUGCAAGCGAAGAUGUGCCUGAUAAUGAAUUGGCUCCAAUUUCAAUAUUUAAUGAUGAAUUACGGGAAACAAAAGUUGAAGAAAUUGAUUGA